ACAUUAUAUUGGAUCAUUGCAGAUAAUGUAAAACAAUACACAAUAUUCAUACAAAAUUCCCUCGCAUAGCUGGCCAGAAACGAGGACAAGAUCCACUCCAUCCUCGUUCAACGAAUCACGUCGCGUCUAUCUUCGUGCAACUUGCAGACAUAUUCGCCGGUCCGUCUCCAACAAUGACCAGACAGCUCGAUCAGUUUUGCAAUGCAUAAACAAUAUAACGGCGAAACUGGACAAACAACAACUCAGUCCGGAGUCUGAAGAUGAGCAAGGUCACGGGAGUACUACUAUAUACACAUAUAUCUCACCAUUAUCAAGUUCAUUUUCCCCACCAUAAUGCUCUUACCCCAGUGAGUAAAAAUUAAGUACUUCCUGAGGGCAAAUUGCAUGUCAGGUCGAUCACAGUUUAUAAUUCACUGAAGUAUUUAUUUAAGCAUGAGAGUGGUCACCGUGACUGAAUUGAUGGGAGUUAACGCAGCUAUUUGUGAAUUGUUACAUGAAAACUUGUGGGCUGGCUAGCUAGGGCUUGACAUUUUAACGGUAGGUAGCGAGUCUAUCAUGUUGAUGAAUGAUUCCAAACUAGGAAUUGGUAUCAUCGAUGAUUCAUCGUACACAAUAAUGUGAUCGGUCUCCCAAAAGUUUAUUUAUCGAUCCUUUAAUCAUAGCUACUUUAAUUUCUGUCUAAUCCUAAUCCUAAUCUUAAUAUAUCCUAAUUCUAAUUCUAAUCCUAAUCCUUUAAUCAUCGUUAGCUAGCUAGCGUUGUUUCUUUUACCUAUUGUUUAUUCACUGCAUAGUUCUCUUUGUUGUCUCAUGAUCCAGUAAAUAGAGGGCACUGGACGUACCCCAGAGAUUAUCAAUUUCCUUUUAUCUUCUUUAAGGAGUAACAGUUUGUCAUUAUGAAAUAUAUAUUUACCAUCUACCCGAGUACUAAGCACCAAACGAUCUGAGUCCUUACGUACGUACCCGAGUCCGGCCUAAGUGCCUAGCUAGCACUAUAUGCCCCUUUUCGUCUCGAUCGGGCUAAACUCAUCCUGACUCCUCAGUCACGGAUUAAACCCUAACUCAUUGUAUUGGAAUCAUUCUUGUCUCUUACCACCGCACCCUGCUCCUCCGCGGGGCAGGGUAUCACCUAACUAUCAUGAAGAAGAAUAUUAAUGACCAUGCAUAAAACUCACCGCCUUCCUGCUAGCUAGUUUCAUCUGCAGAAUGCAACUCGCAUUGGCCUGAUGAUGAAUUAACAAAGCGCAUCCCAUGCAUGAUUUGCCUGCCAAAACCAAUGCCACUGCAGCUCGAUCGCCCACAGAUUCAUCGUCCCGAUUACAAUUAUACAGCCUUCCCUCUUCUUGUCAGUUUCUGCACAGCAGCUGUUCGACCAUGGGCACCGGUGGCUCGGCACCGGCGUCGGCGGCGGGUCUCUUCCUAGCCCUCAACCUCCUCCUCUUCUUCACCUUGGCCGGCUCCUGCGGCACUUGCCCGCCGAAGACGAGUCCGAAGCCUUCGUUGGGAGGGAAGUGCCCCAUAGACGCCCUCAAGAUGGCGGCCUGCUCCAGCGUGCUCAACGGGCUCAUCACCUUCGGCAUCGGCGCGUUCCCGCAGCAGCCCUGCGACUGCUGCACGCUCAUCGACGGCCUGCUCGACCUCGAGGCCGCCGUCUGCCUCUGCACCGCUUUCAGGGCCAACAUCUUCGGCGUCAACCUUAACGUCCCCAUCAACUUCACCCUCCUCCUCAACUACUGCGGCAAGAAGGUUCCCUACGAGUUCCAGUGCCCUUGAUCAUCGACCGUACGUGCGCCUCCACUCGUGUGAUCGAUCCGCCAUGUCCUUUUCGAUCGAGCUAUGUUCUGUUUGGUUUUCUGCUGGAUGAUUUACUAGUUUGCUAUGAUUUCCCUGUAUCUUCGACUAGUCUGGAGUGCCAUCGUGUUUUUUCUUGA